AUGUUCGCUGCCAAGAUCCAGCGCCGGGCCUUUUCCGCCUCCGCGCGCAACCUCUCCAAAGUCGCCGUCCUCGGUGCCGCUGGCGGCAUUGGCCAGCCCCUCUCCCUGCUGCUCAAGAUGAACCCCAGAGUCACCGACCUAGCCCUCUACGAUAUCCGUCUUGCUCCCGGCGUUGCCGCCGAUGUCGCCCACAUCAACACAAAGUCCACGGUUAAGGGCUACGACGCUACCCCUAGUGGCCUCGCCGACUGCCUCAAGGGCUCCGAGGUGGUCCUUAUCCCCGCCGGUGUGCCCCGCAAGCCCGGCAUGACGCGUGACGACCUCUUCAACACAAACGCCUCCAUCGUCCGCGAUCUCGCCAAGGCCGUUGCCGAGUCCGCCCCCAAGGCCAAGGUGCUCAUCAUCUCUAACCCCGUCAACUCGACCGUCCCCAUCUGCGCAGAGGUCUUCAAGUCCAAGGGCGUCUACAACCCCAAGACGCUCUUCGGCGUCACCACCCUUGACGUCGUCCGCGCCAGCCGCUUUGUUUCCGAGAUCAAGGGCACCGACCCCAAAGACGAGAAUAUCACCGUCGUCGGCGGUCACUCGGGCGUCACCAUCGUCCCUCUCUUCAGCCAAAGCAAGCACCCCGACCUGAGCUCCAACGCCGAGCUCGUCAAGCGCGUCCAGUUUGGCGGCGACGAGGUCGUCAAGGCCAAGGACGGCGCCGGCUCCGCCACCCUGUCCAUGGCCAUGGCCGGCGCCCGCAUGGCCGAGUCCCUGCUCCGGGCCGCCCAGGGCGAGAAGGGUGUCGUCGAGCCCACUUUUGUCGACUCGCCCCUGUACAAGGACCAGGGCAUCGACUUCUUCAGCAGCAAGGUCGAGCUCGGCCCCAACGGCGUCGAGAAGAUCCUGCCCCUUGGCAAGCUCGACGCCGCCGAGGAGAAGCUCCUCGAGGCCUGCCUGAGCGACCUCAAGAAGAACAUUGAAAAGGGCGUUGCCUUUGUCGCCCAGAACCCCGGCAAAUAA